AUGGACUACAAGAAGCUUAACAAGUGGACUUUGUGGGAUCAUUUCCCCAUGCCUUUCAUGGACCAGAUGCUUGAUAUGUUGGCAGGUAAAUGGUGGUAUUGUUUCUUAGAUGGAUACUUUGGCUAUAACCAGAUAUCAAUUGCUCCUGAAGAUCAGGAAAAGACCACCUUCAUAUGUCCUUAUGGCACCUUUGCGUUUAAACGCAUGCCAUUUGGACUGUGUAACGCACCAGCAACAUUCCAAAGGUGUAUGAUGUCCAUUUUCUCUGACAUGGUGGAAGACACUUUAGAGGCAUUUAUGGAUGAUUUAUCUGGAGUAGGUGAUACUUUCGAUGAUCUUUUGUUGAAUCUUAGUAGGGCUUUACAGAGAUGUGAGGAGGCCAACUUGGUGCUGAAUUGGGAGAAGUGA